GCGCAAUUUCUUAAACUUGACCAAUCCUGAAGUUGAUGUCAACAAUUUUCAAAAAGUAAAUGAAUUAAAUGUCGUUCAUGGUAUUUUUAUCGUGACAGACAGUAGGUAGACAGCUUGAAAAUGGGGGAUGAUUCAGAAUGGAUGAAAUUGCCAACGGAUGAAAAAGUACAACAUAAGGUAUGGAAGGCAAGGUUGGCAGGCUACGAAGAAGCCACAAAAUUAUUUCAGAGAUUGGAAGAGAAGAGUCCGGAGUUCAAUAAAUUUAAUGGCUUAAUUAGAAAGUUUGUGAUAGAUAGUAAUGCUGUGGCACAAGAGAAAGCGCUUGAUGCUGUUUUAGUUUAUGUUCAAACUGCUCAUGUAGCUGGAAGAUCGUGUGCUGAUGUUGUCAGUGGAAUUGUUACAAAAUGUCUGAAUGCUAGUAAACAAAAGACGAAGGAUAAGGCUAUGGAUAUUAUUAUGAUGUAUAUAGAAAUAGAAAAACAAGAACCUGUACAGGAAGCUUUGAUGGCUGGUCUAGAGAAUAAACAGCCAAAGAUAGUUGUUGGCUGUAUCACAGCUCUACGUUUGGCAUUGAGAGAUUUCGGAACCAAAAUUAUAUCAGUGAAGCCCUUGAUAAAAGUUUUACCGAAGUUGUUAGAAGAUCGAGAUAAAGGUGUCCGAGAGGAGACCAAGUUAUUGUGUAUUGAAUUAUAUAGAUGGAUUGGAGCUGCUCUUAAACCUCAGAUGUCCCAUUUUAAACCAGUGCAGGUUCAGGAACUUGAAACAGAAUUUGAGAAAUUACCAGCACAGAAAGCCAAACAAUGUAGAUUUCUACGAUCACAACAAGAUCUGAAAGCUAAAAUGGAGGAAGAAACUGCUAAUGCUGAAGAAGGUGGUGGAGAUGGUGGAGAAGAUGAUGGAGCUGCUGAAGAAAUAGAUGCAUAUGAAUUGAUUGAAGCUGUAGAUAUUAUAGCUCUACUGCCUAAAGAUUUCUAUGAUAAAAUAGAAGCCAAGAAAUGGCAAGAAAGAAAAGAAGCUUUAGAAGCUUUACAGAGGCUUGCUGAUAAUCCUAAGAUCGAAAAUGGAGAUUUUGCUCCAUUACUCAAAUGUGUUCUAAAGGUUAUUGCUAAAGAUACCAAUGUUAUGUUGGUAGCCCUUGCAGGAAAAUGCCUAGCUGGUAUUGCUAAAGGUCUUCGAAAAAAGUUUGCACCAUAUGCAGCUAAUAGUAUGUCAACUAUAAUAGAUAAAUUUAAAGAAAAGAAACCAACAGUAGUAGCAGCUUUAAGAGAAGCUAGUGAUGCUGUGUAUCUUACCACUAAUUUAGAGGUGAUGACUGAAGAUGCUGUGGCUGCAUUAGAAAAUAAAAAUCCACAAAUUCGAGCUGAGACAGCAUUAUUACUAGGUCGUUGUUUCUGUAGAUGUACUCAAUCUAGUCUACCCAAAAAGAUGUUAAAAAUAUUUUGCACCAGUUUACUAAAGACUGUAAAUGAUACUACAGGGGAAGUGAGAGAAGCAUCAUUUCAAGCAUUAGGUACAGCUAUGAAAGUUGUCACAGAAAAAAAUAUAGCUCCUUUCCUAGUGGAUAUUGAUCCUAUUAAAUUGACCAAGAUUCAAGAAUGUUGUACUAAUGCUGUACUGUUAAAUGCUAAAGGUGAACCCCGAGGUGGAGGAGCAGCAGCUGCACCCAAAAUGUCUGAACCAAAAGUUGUUAAACCCAAUAGUGCUAAAGUUACCAAGCCUCCAGAAUCUAAACCACCAUCUGACACCGGCUCUAAACCUGCUUCUAAACCUAGUGCUGGAGGUAAAAAGAAAGCACCAGUUAAAGGUAAAGGAAAGAAAGGUGGAAGUAAAGAAGAAGUUAUUGAAAAUGCAUUAUCUGAUGAAGCUGUAGAAGAGAAAGCAGCCAGUUUAUUACCAGGAGAUACACUAACUAGUUUAACUAGUUCUAACUGGAAAGAAAGAUUAGCUGGAAUGGAGAAAUUCACACAGGUUGUAAAAGGUUUAUGUAAAGAUGAUAUACCAUGUCAAGUGUGUGUACGAGUUGUUGAUAGAAAACCGGGUCUUAAAGAUACAAACUUUCAGGUUUUAAAGCUUAGAUUAGAGUUAAUAGCACAUUUGGCUAAGAAUGCUGCGUUUAGUAAAAGAUCAGCAGAGUUUUGUUUAUCAGAGAUAGUAGAUAAAAUUGGGGAUGUAAAAAAUGGUGGAGCAGCACAAGAAGCUUUGAGUUGUAUAGCUGAAGCUAUCGGUAUAGAUUUUGUUAGCCAGGAGGUUGUAAGUUUAGCUUUCAUACAGAAAAAUCCUAAAAAUCAGUCUGAAGCUCUAAACUGGUUGGCAUUGUCAAUAAAAGAAUUUGGAUUUAAGAUAAAUAUUAAACCAAUGCUAGAAACCAUCAAGAAAGCUUUUGCUGCUACUAAUCCCGCUGUACGAACUUCUGCUAUAACUCUAUGUGGUGUUAUCUACAUGUAUAUGGGACCUACACUACGUGUGUUUUUUGAAAGUGAAAAGCCAGCUCUACUGCAACAGAUAGAUGCAGAAUUUGAAAAGGUUAAAGAUCAGAAGCCUACUCCACCUACCAGAGGUUCAACACCAGCAGCUGAUGGUGGUGAAGAUGAAGAAGAAGUUGAGGAAGUAGCAGAUAUACCUGUACAAGACCUUGUACCUAGAGUUGAUAUCAUUGAAAAGAUAACUCCUGAGUUAUUAGAAGAGAUGUCGGAUAAAAAUUGGAAGGUUCGUGGUGAAGCCUUGUCUAAAGUGACAGCCAUAUUGAAUGAGGCUAAGUUUAUAACACCUAAUAUAGGAACUCUUCCUGAUGCUCUGAAACUGAGAUUAGCAGAUUCUAACAAGAUUAUGGUUAAUACAACUAUUGGUAUAUGUCAAGCAUUAGGUACAGCUAUGGGUCCACAUUGUAAAAAUCAUGUUCGUGUAAUAGGACCAGGUUUAAUAGGCUGUUUAGCCGAUGCUAAGCCACAAGUGAGAACAGCAGCAACUAAUGCACUCAAUGUUUGGGUAGAACAUACAACAUUGACACCAUUAGUAGAAUGUGAAGCUUUAAGUGAUUCACUGAAGAUUGAGAACCCUAACUUGCGUACUGAGCUUUUAUCAUGGUUGUCAGAAAAACUGCCAUCUCACCGAAUACUACCAACAGAAAUCCGACAAUGUAUACCUCAUGUUUUAAACUGUCUAGAAGAUAGAAAUGGUGAUGUAAGGAAAAAGGCUCAGGAGUCUUUGGUGCCUUUUAUGAUUCACACAGGUUACGACAGUUUCCUCAAAGCCUCUUCUAAAUUGAAGCCAGCAUCUAAAGAUCAGAUAAUGGCUAUAUUAGAGAAGGCUCGGGCUAACCUACCAGCUAAAGCACCUAAAAGUAAGAAGCCAACAGCUGCUGCACAACCAGUACAAUCAGCCCCAUCAUCUAGAUUUGAUGAUUAUGAUGACGACGAUGAACCACCUCCACCUAAAGAAAAGAAAGAAGCUGCUGCUUCUAAAAAAACGGUUACCAAAGGAAAAGCUAAGGCAGCACCGCCGCCAUCUAGUAAAAAGAAAGUAGAAGAAGAUACAAGUGAUAUAAUGAAUUUAACUGUACCUAAAGAACAAAGAUUUAAAGAAGAGAGAAAUCUUAAGGUGUUAAAAUGGAAUUUUACAGAAAUUCGAUCUGAAAUAGUUGAACAAUUAAAUCUGCAGAUGGAGAAGAACUUUAAUAAAACCAUUAUGACACUUCUGUUCCAUAAAGAUUUUAAAUCUCACAUAAAAGCCAUAGAACUUUUAAUUAAGGGACUGGACACCUUACCUGAUGAAACAAUAGGAAAUUUAGAUCUUAUAUUAAAAUGGUUAACAUUACGAUUCUACGAUACAAACCCCAGUAUGUUGAACAAGGGAUUAUCUUAUUUACAAGAUUUAUUUAUGCAACUAGCAGAUGCUGAUUACCACCUACAUGAUAUAGAGGCUGUCUCUUUUAUACCAUACUUAAUUCUCAAGGUUGGUGAUUCUAAAGAUAAUGUGCGAAGAGAUGUACGUAAAAUAUUCAAAUUAAUAUGUCAAGUUUAUCCUGCUAGUAAGAUGUUCUCUCAUCUUAUUGAUGGACUCAAGUCAAAAAACUCAAAACAAAGAGCUGAAUGUUUAGAAGAAUUAGGCUGUAUCAUUGAAUCAUAUGGUAUAUCUAUAUGUCAACCAUCACCAUCCCAGGCAUUAAAAGCAAUUGCACAACAGAUCAGUGAUAGAGAUAAUUCUGUUCGUAAUGCUGCUCUUAAUACCAUAGUUGCUGCAUAUCUUCUUAUAGAUGAACAAGUCUUUAAAUAUGUUGGAAACUUAAAUGAAAAGGAAAUGAGUUACUUGCAAGAAAGGCUGAAGCGAUCACAGAAAUCUAAAGGACCCAAGAUAAAUGACGAAAGACCCCAAUCAGCUCGACCUGCUGUAAAACCCCAACAACAACCUGUGGCAGCUCUUCAAAGACCACAGUCAGCCCAGCCUAAAUCUAAUACAAGAAAAGAGAACUAUAUAGAUAUUGACUGUGAUAUGAGUGAAUUACCAGCACCUAGUCUUAUAGAAGUUGAUAUAGAUUAUAUGUAUGAUACAUUACCACAACCUACAGUCAAACCGCGACCAUUGUCAACAACUAUAGGUUUUGUUAUUUCACAAAUAACUAAUAAAAAUAUCAACACAUGUAUCCAGGCCUUAGCACAGAUUGAUGAUGUAUUAAAAGAAAGACCCGAGAUAUUAAUAGAUCAUAUAGAUCAACUAGUCUUGUUAUUAUCUAUGCAGUUUAAGAUGGUGUACUCAACUUGUAUGGGUGAUGAGAAUACAUCUAGAGACGAUAUAAUACGUUUAUAUAGAUGUUUAUUGUGUACACUAUUAGCUACUUUCCAACAUGAAGAGUGUGCUAAGAAAACAUCUAAAGAUAUAUUAAAGGAUAUAUUGAAUAGUUUGGUGACUAUAUUAUUAGAUAAUAGAUUAAUGGAUUUAGAUGAAGGACCACAAGUUGUACGCAGCGUUAAUGUAACAGUUAUUAAGAUUGUAGAAAAUGCUGAUUUCACAAAUAUCAUGAGUGCUUUAAUUAGUCUGUUACAAGAUUGUGCUGGUAGUGAUAUCUGUACACCUAAAUUCCUUGAACUUAUCAUGAAGUGUUUAUGGAGGUUGACGAGAAUGUUACCGAAUACAAUCAACGAGUUAAACAUAGAGAGAACUCUACUUGAUUGUCAUCUCUUUCUCCGAGCAUUCCCUUCCAGUAGUUGGAAAGAACGAACCAGUGAUCUUCCGCUUCGCACUAUUAAAACUAUUUUACAUUCCCUCGCUACUUUAAAGGGCAAAAAGAUAUUAAAUCAUACAGGGUUGAUAUCUAGUGAUGAGAACUCAGAAAUUGAAAGUUAUUUAAAUAAAGUUCUUAAAAAUGAUGUUGCCAGUACUAAUGCAAAAAAUGAAGUAAUGAAUACUGAGGAAAAACCACCUAAGAGCUCUUCGAAACCAAAGUCUUUCUCAAAGGGUACCCAGGACAUGUUGGGUGAAAUCUUUAAAAAAAUUGGUUCUAAAGAAAACACGAAAGAGGGUUUGAAUGAUUUAUAUGAUUUCAAGAAGAAAAAUCCUGAUUCUGAUCUAACACCAUUCUUAAAGAAAACAUCACAGUUUUUCCAGGAUUAUGUAGAAAGAGGUUUGAAGAAUAUAGAACAAGAAAGAGACGGAAGGAAAACAGCUUCUAGUGAAGUAUCUGCUGUUAGUACACCUACUACUACCACUACCACAUCAUCAUCAGUUGUUAGCGGUCAGAGUGAUUGUGCUAAUUUCUAUCUAGAGAGAUUAAAAACAUUGCGAUCACAGUGUGGACUUGAUUCAACACAACAGAAUGAGAAACCUCAACCUUUAAGACCGUUGAAACUUAGUGAAAGUGAAAAGAACAGUAGUACAUAUAGUAGUUCGGAGUCAUUGGCUGUGUCCGAGAUCAAUUAUAAACCAGAGGAAGAAGAAGAAAAUGAGAAACCUGCUGUACCUGAUGUAGAUGUAUCAGGAUUAAAGAUGAGAUUAGAGAGGAUUAAACAACUAUCUAAAUAGAUGUUAAUUAUACAUAUACAUAAAUCAUGUUUUAUAUCAUUAAUUUAUUACAAUUCAUAUUACAAUAUUUUAUACCUACUAUAUCAUGUGUGACAGACUCGAAAUAAAAAGAUUGGAAUAAAGAAGAAAAACUAAUUAAAUGGAAUCUUAAAAUUUAAAAUCACUAUGUUAUUAAUUUGGCAAAAAUUGAUCAACUUGAAAUAAUUUGGAAUCCAACAAAGAAAAAAAUAUCUGUUUUCCUUAAUUUGUAAAAUAUGUAUACAUGUAUGUAAAAUACAAAGUCUUUAAUUGAGAGUUGAUCACAUAAUGAUGUGUAUGUUAUUAAACAUAUGUAUAUAAAUAUUAAAUAGACUAUGGUAAGUAGAAGUUAGGUAGUCCCCUGUAAUAUUCAUAAGUUAUUAGCUUAAAGUGGAGAGUUUUUGUUAAUCAUUUAUAAGGAAUCAUUUUUAAAAAAUGCUCUUAAAGUAAUGAAAAGACUGUUUGUUGCCAGCUUUCAUAAAAAAACAUGUUUUUCUCUCAUUCGAUAUAGGCAACAAAUAUCCAAAUUUUCAUCUUGAAGUUUAUUAAUCUUCGAUUAUUACUGUGGAAUAUCAAAGCCUUGUUCAAAAAGACAGAUUAUUGCUUGUAAAAUGGAUGUAGUUUUGUACAAAAUAUAGGUCUUGAAGUGCUUGUAUAUAAAUCAUUGUUAAUUAAACUUGUUGAAUUAUAUAAUUAAGCUCAAUUAAAGUUUAUUAAUUAUUUUUUUUUUAGGAAAUUAGAAAUGGUUCUAACUCUUCCCUCUUUAUGCUAUCCGUAGCCUAAAUAAACUGCGAUAUAAAUGAAUUGUAUAAACACAUAUUAUUAAUAGUGGACUUUGUCUCAUAUUUAAUAAAGUCAUUAUAUAAACUUAUACUAUUCAUCUAUCUCUUUAACAGAAAUAUGAAUAUACAGAAUUUUGGCCACUUGUAUAAUGUAUGGUAAACUAUCUUACAAAAGUUUUGACUUCAGAUUUAUUUGUUAGACCAAACAAAAUAUUCAAAACAAAGCUGAAAGAUGUUAACCAAAAUCUACGAAAUUAUUUAAGAUUUAUACUUGAUUUUAUAUUUGAUGUCAGGAAUGUUACAUUUCUUGUAGUAAGUACAUAUCAAUUAUCAUUUUGUGUGUUUGAAUAUUUUCCACUAGACGCUGUUAAAGUAACUUUAAUAGAUAUUUUUUCAGUUUUCCUGUAAAUUGUUUGGCUUAAAGUUGCUAUUAUCGUGUUUUACAAAAUUGUUAAUAUUUUUGAUUAAUUGUUGUUGAUUUUAAAACUGAUUGCUCAUGAAAAUCCUUAAUCUGAAAUAUUUCAUUUGUUUCUCCUGUUUUCUUGUCUUGUUUCUCCCAUUUUCUUCAAUCUAUCUCUGAAUUCCAUAAUUAAUGAACAACUAGCAUUUAGGUCAAAUGUUUCCAAAGUCCUGAUAAACAGUGCUUAUUGUUACAUUUAACAUUAAAUUUAGUGCAAUAUAAGUUUUGGCUCAGGAAAAAGCAUUUCAAAUCUAUACUUCUUAUCCUUAAAGAUCUUUUCUGAAACAUAUUCAUUUUCUUCAUUCUGUCCACUAAUUUGUAAGUAAAUAAAUAUAUCAAUGCUGUCAUCAAGAUCAGAUGCUCUUGUGAAAAUUGACAAGUUAUUAAAAUAAGACACUUUUAUUUAUAUUUACACUGGUAUUACAUUAUUUCAUAGUCUUGUUUAUAUACCUACAUUUAGAAAUGCUAAUGUCCUUUCAGUGCGGUUGCUUAUAUAACUAGGUAACUUUGAAAAAUGUUAUGGGCACUCUGGCUGCUUGGAAUUUACAGUGUUCAUAAAAAAAAUUAAUAAACUAUGAAUGUAUUGAUGAACUUCCUCCUGACAGCAUCCAAAUUAUUGGCUGUGAAAACAUCCACAGUUGUUGAAUGCAUUUUGGAAAUUAAUUGAAUCAAUAUUCUAUAUUAGAAUCAGAUAAUGGUAAUUGGCAUAAUGUUUUUCUUCUCUAUUGUAUUUAAAGUUGAGACGGUAUGCUUACAGAAAAAUGUAAGCUAAGAAUAUGUCUGUCUUUGGUUGAAAGAUGCCAUGUAUAUAUACUGUAUUUACUGUUAAUAAAUAAAAAUGUUGCUUUUGGUGCUAA